AUGGUGUCAACUCAAUUACCACCUCAAAUAAUUCCAUUAUCUUUUUUUCCUACACAAACAUCCUCUUUACAACAACAACAUCCACAAAUACCUUCCCAAUUUAUUCCAUCUCCAAUAACACCCUCACCUACAAUUCCUCCUAAUUUUCUUCCAUCCCCUUCUUUUGAUUUUGAUGAACAAAGAAAAAGACUUUUACAACUUCAACAUCAACAACAACAAUUUAUUUUUGAACAAAAUAAUAAAAAUAAUUCUAAUAAUAAUAUAAUAAUAACAACAACAAUUGAUCAACAACACCAACAACAACAAAAUUCUUCUUCAUUUUUCCCUUUACCUUCUUUACAAAAUAAUUCUUUUUUACUUUCUCAACAAAAUUCUGGUCAUUCUUCUUUUAAUUCUUCUCAACAACCUUCACCACAACAAGCCCCCACAAUAUUUCAAUUAAAUUCUUCCCCCCAUUUUUCUUCAGGAAUUCAAUCAAUUACAAAAAAUAUAGAAAAUUCUUCUGAUUUUUCUUCUCUUUAUUCAUUAAUUUCAGAAAAUACUUUAAUUCCUUUAAAUCAAAAAGAAAAACAAAAAAAUAAUUUUUUUAUAUAUCCAACAGAAAAAAAUGAAAAUAAAAAAUCUUUUUCAGAAGAAAUUAUUUUUAUUGAAAAUAAUGAUGUUGAAAAAUUAAAUAAUAAAAAUAAUAAAGAAUCUAAAAGAAAAUUAAAAGAAGCUUUAAUUGAAAAAGUUAAUAAAGGAAAAGAAGAAAAUAAAAAAGAAAAAAAUUUAAUUGAACAACAACAAAAUUCUUCAUUACUUCAACAACAACCCCAACAACAAUUACCCCAACAAUUACCUCAACCUCAACAACUUCCCCAACAACAACCUUCUACUUUUCCUUCCCAAAAUACAAAUUCUUUAUCAUCAACAAAUAAACAAAUAUCAGAAUUAAAUAAAGAAAUAGAAAAUACUUCUGAUAAGCGUUCAAUUCCAAUAUUUCAAAUAACCCCCCAACAAUUACAUUUAGCUAUGCAACAAUAUUUUCGUAGUCAACAACAACAACAACCAGAAAAAGAAGAAAUAAAAAAUAAUAAAGAAAUUAAAAAUUCUGAAAAAUCAGAAGAAAUUAUUGAAAAAGUUGAAGAAGAGGAGGAGGGAGAGGAAAUAAUUGUUGUUGAUGGGGAAGAAGAAAUUAAAAAUAAAAAUGUGGAAACUGUUGAUUUUGAAGAAGAGGAAAAUUUAGAUGAAGAUAAUGCCUAUGUUGAUGUUGUUGGGGAUGGAGAAGCUAGAAGUUCAUUACCGAAAAUGCAAAGAAAAGCACAUAUUGAAUUUUAUAGGAAAUUAAAAAGUUUUCGCAAUCGAGGCCCUCAAUUAGACUGUCAAUUAUGUGAUGCCUCCAUUCCAAAUAACGAUGCUUCAAUUCGUUCUCACAUUCAUGGACAUUGUAAAACAUCAAUGUUUGUAUGUAAAUUGUGUCAGAAAGGGUUUCAAGACCAACAUUUAGUUUUUGAACAUAUUGAUAGAGAACAUCCGGCACAGAAAGGAACUAAAUAUAUUGAGGACAGAAGGGAUAUGGGUUUAUUGGUGGAAAUUUUAACUCAAUGUUUUCCCAGAGUUUUUUGUCGAGCUCGUGAUAUUCUUUUUGAUGCAAUAGGUCGACUAACAUCUUUAACAGAAUCUAAACAACAAGCAAAAAUUAGUUGCCUUCUUUGUGGACAAAUAGUCCCAACUAUGAAAAGUUGUAUUUAUGGGCAUUUAAGUAUACAUCCUUCUUACAAAUGUAAAAAAUGUCGAUUUACUUCUAAUGAUGAAAGAAGUCAAUUAGAACAUCAAAAAAGAGAACAUCCAGAUUUCCCUUCAGGAGAACGUUGUUUUUGUAUUUCUCUGGCUUUUGAUGUUUUGUUGGAAACUUUAAAAAGUUGUUUUCCUAUUGAACAAAAUGAAAUUGGGGGAGAAAAGAAUUUAGAAGAAGUAAAUAAUUCUUCUUUAUUUUUACAUCCAGGAAGUGUUUUGGAAUCAAAGAAAAUAAUAAAAAAUAAAAAAGGAGAAGAGGAAGGAGGAGAGGAAUGUUUAAUUAUUGAAGAAAAAGAAGAAGAAGAUAAUAAAAAGAAGGGAAAGAAAAGAAAUUUGAUUAAAAAAGAUGAUAAUAAUAAUAAAGAUAAAUUAAACGAAAAUAUUGGAAAAAAGAGAAAACAAAGAAAAAGGUCAAUACUUUCUGAGGAGGAAGUAACUAGUGAUAAGAAAAAAUAA